AUGAGAACCGCAGUACCGCUAAGGAUACUUCAUCGUCUGCGACUUCCUAGUGAGAUGAGGCCAACAGCAGGCUUAAUCGUGAUUGGCGAUGAAAUCUUGAAAGGUUCAACGAUGGACACGAAUUCACAUUUUAUCGUGAAGAAUCUGCACGAAUUAGGUGUUCAAGUGAAAAAGAUUUCGACGAUCGGCGACAGUGUUGAGGAAAUAAGCAAUGAAAUUCUCCACUUUAGCCAACGUUUCGAUUAUGUGUUCACCACUGGAGGUGUAGGACCGACUCACGACGACAAAACAUAUAUCGGACUAGCGAAGGCGUUCAACGAUACUUUGCUCAGAUCACCAGAGAUUGCAGCUGCAAUAGAGAAAUAUUUCACAUCAGGAGAACUCUCCGGUGAACACACUACAUUUGUUGAUAAAUUAAGUACGAUCCCAGCUUCAGCUCAUUUGCUUUGGGGUAAGCGAAUGAGUGACGGAAAAGCUUCCAGUUUCCCAGUCGUACGACUGAAUAACGUAAUUUCAUUACCUGGUGUUCCACGUUUCUGUGAACGUGCAUUCAGCGAAUUGAAGGACCAACUGUUUCCAUCUUCUGAAGUCAAACCCUUAUUCUCGAAAACGUUAUAUACCACAGAAGACGAGUUGAAAUUAGCCAAGAAAUUGGCUAGGAUAGCGUCAGAGUAUGAGGGAGUUGUGGAAAUCGGGUCCUAUCCUAUUAUGGCGAACAGUUACUUCAAGACAAAGUUCAUUGUUGAAAGUGAGUCUUAUGAGGCAGGCGAAGCAGUUGUACAGCAUAUUUUAAACCUUUUGGACGGCACGCUUGUCCACUACGACAACGAACCUUGGAUUGACACAGUGGCUAAAUUCCGCAACUUUCGGGAACGAGAGUUAGCUAGGAACCCUCGAUACGUUUCGUUACUGGAUGAAGCAUUGGUUAUAGUGCGAGAUAUAUUGAAUAAAUAUUCACUGGAACAAGUCACGUUGUCUUUCAAUGGUGGAAAAGACUGUACCGUACUUCUCCAUUUACUCCGGAUUGCCGUAGAUGAAAAAUUCGGUGCACAUGUGCCUAUACAGGGUUUUCACAUAAUGUGCGAGGAUCAAUUUCCUGAGGCCACUCAGUUCAUAAUUGAUGUUGCAAAAAGAUACAACAUAGUCGUAACUGAGUAUCCGGGGCCAUUGAAGACGGGGCUUUCGUUGCUGAAGAGCCAGGAGCCUAACGUAGUCGCAGUGCUCAUGGGUAGCAGAGCAAGCGAUCCACGUGGGAGAUACAUGAGGUCCGCUGUAGAAUGGACUGACGAAGACUGGCCGAGAGUACUACGUGUCUGUCCUAUAUUAUCGUGGUCCUAUCGUGAUGUAUGGUCUAUGUUGCGCGGAUUAUGCAUUCCGUACUGUGCUUUGUACGAUAUGGGAUACACGUCUCUAGGAAGUCGUAGCACAACAACCAAAAACCCCUUACUUAAAUGUGUUGAGAAAGACGGUUCUGUCAGAUACAUGCCAGCAUUUACUUUGGAAGAUGGUGGCACGGAAAGGAAUGGCCGAACGUCCUGUCAAGAGUUGUCGAAUGAAAUUACUUAG